GCGUCCUGUUUCUCGUCCACCGAGGAAAACGUGCAUCCCCCCGUCCCAAAGUUCUCAACCUCCCUGCACCGUUGCCCUCAUCCGGCCGCGGCCCCAUCCAAGCGUACCAGAGAAAAAAAGAGCCCCACAGACAGGCCGGAACCCCGAACCCGCGAAUCAAUCCCGAACGAAUCCCGCAAUCCCGAACGAAUCCCGAUCGGCCGGCGGCGCUGGGAGGCGAUGCCGGAGAAGGCGGUUGACGACGUCAUGGAGGCGGCGGUGGGGGCCCACUUCAGCGGCCUCCGCCUCGAGGCGCUGCGCCUCUCCUCCCCCUCCUCCCCCUCGUCCCCUUCCUCCGCCAGGGCCUCCCCCCCCGCCGCCGCCGCCCACUCCAACGGCGCCGUCUACGCCAACGGCACUGCCGCCGCCGCGGCGGUGGAGCUCGCCUCCCCGCCCGCCGCCAGGCAGCCCUUCGUCAUCGGGGUUUCGGGAGGGACGGCGUCGGGGAAGACGACGGUGUGCGACAUGAUCAUCCAGCAGCUGCACGACCACCGCGUCGUGCUCGUAAACCAGGAUUCCUUCUACCGGGGCCUGACUGCUGAAGAAUCUGCACGUGCCCAAGACUACAAUUUUGACCACCCUGAUGCAUUUGAUACAGAACAACUUCUGGAAUGCAUGGGACAGCUGAAGCGUGCUCAGCCUGUAAAUGUUCCUAUAUAUGAUUUCAAGAAGCACCGACGGUGCUCCGAAAGUUUUAGGAAGGUCAAUGCAUCAGAUGUCAUCAUUUUGGAGGGAAUUUUAGUCUUUCAUGAUCAGAGAGUUCGCAAUCUGAUGGACAUGAAAAUUUUUGUGGACACAGAUGCUGAUAUUAGGCUUGCUCGAAGAAUCAGGCGUGAUACAGUUGAAAGAGGUAGAGAUAUCAGCUCGGUGCUAGACCAGUAUGGGAGGUUCGUGAAGCCAGCAUUCGAUGAUUUUGUUCUUCCUUCGAAGAAGUACGCUGACGUGAUUAUUCCACGAGGAGGUGAUAACCAUGUAGCAGUUGAUCUGAUUGUUGAACAUAUCCGUACAAAGCUUGGCCAGCAUGACUUGUGCAAAAUCUAUCCCAAUGUUCAUGUAGUUCAAUCAACUUUUCAGAUCCGAGGAAUGCAUACUCUUAUUCGUGACAGGGACAUCACUACACCCGACUUUGUUUUUUAUUCAGAUCGGUUGAUUCGUUUGGUAGUAGAGCAUGGUCUGGGUCAUUUGCCAUUUACAGAAAAGCAGGUUAUUACUCCAACAGGAUCUGUUUAUAUGGGAGUCGACUUCUGCAAGAAGCUCUGUGGAGUAUCUAUCGUGCGAAGUGGUGAAAGUAUGGAGAACGCGUUGCGUGCUUGCUGCAAAGGAAUAAAAAUUGGGAAAAUUCUAAUACAUCGUGUUGGAGACAACGGACAACAGCUCGUAUAUCACAAACUUCCAAUGGAUAUUGCUGAACGGCAUGUUCUACUUAUGGAUCCAGUGCUUGGUACAGGCAACUCAGCAAAUCAAGCUAUUGACCUUCUUAUAAGAAAAGGUGUUCCUGAGGACCGAAUCAUUUUCCUAAAUCUCAUCUCGGCUCCUGAAGGGAUUCAGUGCGUUUGCAAGCGAUUUCCAUUGGUGAAGAUUGUAACAUCAGAGAUUGAUUAUGGCCUGAACGAGGAAUUCAGGGUCAUCCCUGGACUGGGAGAGUAUGGCGAUCGCUACUUUGGCACAGACAAUUGAUGGCUCACGCCACAAUCGAGUCUCACUUGAUCCCUGGAGAGGGAUGAUACCUUGGACGUAAUGCUUACUGUGGAAGGCUGUAGUUGUGUUUAGUAGUUCGCACAACCUCCUGCAUAAGUUGGACCCGGGGGGAUCCCGAGAGAAUUGUUGUGAACUCAAUUGGUGUACAUUUCUAGCCCUGUACGGGUGCAGUAGAAGCUUUACUCACUACCUGGUGACUGAUGUUUUAAAUAAUCGUUCUUAGAAGCGCCUCAAACUCCAAUGUUCGGAAACCUAUGGUUCUUGUGGGACUUGUUGGUCCAGAAAGUUAGAAGAUACCUGACACAAGUUUCACUUUCACAUACUGAACGUGAUGCUACAAAGGUGGUGUUUGGUUUGGGUGAUUGUAACGUGAUUAUUACACAGCGUAACAGGUUCCCUUUUUAUGCUUACGUUAGACUUGUUGUGUGGACGUAAUUUUGCUGAGUGUACUAGUGAUGGUGAAUACCAUCUAGUUUUGAUCUGACAUCAUGAAAGUGUGGCAAUGACUUCCUCA